GUUUUUCCGGAAUGGGUAACCCGUUCAAUUUAUUAAUUUAUUUCAGGCCCAUCGACCGCUAUAAAUUAAUUUUCUUUAUCGCGUCAUAGCUUAAUUGAGGUCGGAAUUUAUUCCAUUGGCCGAAUUAUUUAAUCAAUAGAUAAUCUGCUUAAUUUUACAUUGUCAAAUUCAGGCCCAGGUGAUUCUAAAUCACUGACCGAAUUUAUAUAGUCUGUUUACAACCUCUAAUUCUAGUCACGUGUAUAAAUUAUAUUCAGGCCCAAAAUUAAUUAAUUAAUUGCACAUUCUAGUCGUAAAAAUAAUUAUAAAUUAAUCAUAAAACUAAGUUAAUAAAUUUCUAAAAUAAAUCGGAGUUAAAAGUGACGCCAAGAAUUUUGAUAAGGUAUCGUUGAGUAGUAAAAGUAGUAAGCGUCUUGAUGUUAUGGAACGGAUUAUUUUGCAGUGAUAAAAUCAAUUUACAACAAUAGUGAAAUAAUUAAUUAAGUGAAAAAUUUAUAAUCGGAAAAUUGAUUAAUAAAGAAAAUUAAGUAAUUGGAGAACCUCAAAAUUAAAAGAAGCAUUUGACUAAUGGCGUCCAUUGACCAACGUACGGAAUGACAAAACUUAACCUAUUUAAUUGAAUUUACGCAAUAUUUUCUUUAUCAAGUUGAUAUAAAAAAGAAUUUAUGUGAAUUCUUAAAAACAAAAAUUCAAUGCUUGUUUUACAUCAAUAUUUAUCAUCAUCAUAAAAAAACAACACAAUGCAUAAAUUGACAGAAUUGCUGGAAAAGUUUAAUACACUGAAAAUACACUCUCUAGCGUCUAAACAUUUUCAAGGCGCUAAAACUGACGAAGAUUUCGUUAAAAAAGCUCUAAAGAUGCAUUUAGAUAUGCAAGAUCAAUUGCCAGAUCUACUACCAGCUGUAGAAAUUUUGAAAUGUGCUGAUAAAGCUAAGUGGUAUUUGAAUGAAGGGAAACGAAUUUCCAGUUUAUCGUUCGUUGAAUCUGUAGAAGCUUUCAAUUAUGCAAUGGCAAAUGGAUCACCUGGAUCAGAGUUAUUAGCACACGCCUUUGCAAAUCGUUCAGCAGUACUUACUACAAAUGGAAGGUAUGAAGAGUCACUGAAAGAUAUCCGACGAGCACUAGAAGAAAACUAUCCGGAUCAUUUAAGAGCUACACUGUAUGUUCGGAGAGCAAAAAAUUUACUAGCUCUAAAUCCAGUUACAAAUGUUGAUGAAAUAAUAGUUGAAGCAAAGCAUUGGGCGUCGAAGAUGAGUGAAAAAGAAAAAACUAAACUUCUAAACAAUAUUGAUAAACUCAAAACAAAGAAAUUCAAAAAACCAGUUAAAGAGUUAAAUAAUCAAGUAUUUAUGCCUGCGACUCCAAAUGAUAAUCCAAGAUUUAAAAAUACAUCAGGUGCUAUCACUGUUAAUUAUUCUGAUAAAUUUGGACGUCAUAUUGUAGCUACAAGAGAUAUAAAAGCAGGUGAAGCACUGUGUGUUAAAAAAGUGUACGCGUUAAUACUUUUGGAAGAAUACCAAUUCAAACGUUGUUGGAAUUGUUCAAAACACUGCUGGUCUAGUGUUCCUUGUAACAAGUGUUCCCAUGUUAUUUAUUGCAGUGAAGAAUGUCGUGAUAUUUCUUGGAAUGAGUAUCAUGACAUCGAGUGCGCUAUUUUAAAUGCUAUAUUAUAUACCACUCAAUUUUAUGAAGAGAUUAGUUUGAUGAGUUUGAGGAUACUAAUAAAAGCACUGAAAGAAUAUGGAACAGUAGAAGCGCUGUACGAAGACGUACAAAAAAUGAAUUCAAUGGAAGAUCCAAUAAUGCAAACAUUAAGUGACAAUACUUACGAUGAUACUAAAUUUGCAAGUGUUUACGCACUAAAUCGAAAGCCUAUGGAUUUAAGAUUUCAAGUUCAGACUGGAUUGAAAGCUCUUCAAUAUAUGUAUGCAAUGGCCCUUACAACUGAUGUAUUUGGUAAAAAAAUGAAAAGUAUGACUGAAUUAGCCAACAACAAGUGGGUUGUAUUCAUUGGAAAAUUGCUUUUUCAUCAAACUGUGUUAAGCAGCAGUAACAUGUUUGCGAUUGCUGCCAACAGUGACAAUUUAGAAGAGGAUCUACCUCAGUGUGGUGGAGUGUUGAUUCCACUAGAAUCUUUAUAUAAUCAUAGCUGUGACCCUGAUAUACAAAGAUUUGAUUGCCGUGAUUUAACGACCUUUAUAUCUAUACAUCCUAUCAAAAAAGGGCAACAGAUAUUUUUAAAUUAUGGACCCGAUUUUCAAGAUAAACCGACUUCCGAACGCAGAGCUAAACUGGAAAAUGUUCGAAGUUAUUGGUGUGACUGCAUCGCUUGUGUUAAUGAUUGGAACCCAGGCCAUGACUUCCCAUCAGCUUGUAUGCAAAAUAUUAUUCCAAAACGAGUUGCAUUUCGUGUAUCAACGGUCUUGGUUGAAUGUUGUGAUGAAUAUACCAAAAUUCUUUCGAGUGAUUCUGCUCAAGAUUUAUCUCCUCAGAGACUAAAAAAUCUAAUGUCUAAUUUAUUUGCGCUUCUGAAUACAUUGGGAAAAUACGAUGUUUAUCCUUGUGAAGAAAUGACAGCUGCAAAAGCUGUAUUGUUAGGGACUUUUAAAUUGAUGAUUGGAUAUCAAACAUAGAAUAAUUAUGUAUUGUUCUUAAACGUACAAGUUUACUUUUUACUACUUUAUAUUUAUUUAUUUAAAAUUUUCAAGUUUUUAUAAGAAGUAAUCCCUGUUUUUUUUAUUGAAUAUUUUAUCAUAUAAAUAUUUUCACGAUGUAUUAGUUUAAGUUUUCUGUUUUACCACUGAUUUAAUACAGACAGUAAUUAAAAUUGUCAUUACUUAGUUAUGUUUAACAAGAUGUAACUUUCAAGCCAUUCUCAGACAGAGUUCCCCAUUUUUUUAAAAUAUUUAAUGACUCAACUGUCAUAACUGUAUUGAAAUUUUGUUAAUUAAUUGAAAAAAGUUGAAUCAUUAAUUGAAAAAAGCACAGCGCAGUUACAAUUUCGAGACAAAGAUCAGAAAACAAAUUUUUUACAGUUGUUAUCUAUUAGGAGUUAAACGAAAUUUGGUAAAUAAAUUUUAGCCUAUAAAAUUUGACAUUUAAAAUUAUAGUAUGGACAAGUUUUUGCUAAAAUUUAUUUAUCAAAUUACGCUGAACUCCAAAUUAACAAUAACUGUAAAUUUUUUUUUCAAAUCUAUUUUUCAGCCAAAUGUUAACUGCAUCGUCCAUUUUCCGUUAAUGCUUCAACUUUUUUUUUGAUUAAUUCAAAAAAUUUUAAUAUAAUUAUGAUAGUUCAUGAACAUUAAGUAUUUUGGUAAAGUGGGGGCAUGGUCUGAGAAUUCCCUCGACGGCAUUCAUGUGUUCAUUUUAAUAGUAACGAAUUACUCAAGAUGUUAUGAUAAUUAAAACGUAGAUUUAAAUCUUUAAUUAAAAGUUGGUUCUAUUGAAACUUUAUUCAUGCACAAUACUACUGUAUACACACAUAAAUGUAUGCAUAGAUACAAAUUCAACAUAAAUAAUGAAUUAUGAUAAGUGUAUUUAAGCUUCUCUUAAUUGCAAUUACUGUUUGAAUAUAAAUUAUGAUUUUAUUGUAAGAAGAAAUAAUUAUUGGAAUUUAAAUAUAAGUAUAGUAAAAUAUUUUUAUGUGAAAGAAAUGAGUCAGACGAUUUAAAGUUAAUUUGAGUAGAUGUUUUUUCUUUAAAAUUAUUUAAGAAUAAUGAUUAUUAUCAUAAAUUUAAAUUAAACAUUUUCAUUAAAAUUUUAUUGAGAUAUUUAUUAAUAGAAAUUUAAUUUCGUUAUAAUGAGUCUGGUAUAUUUUGUUUUGACCUUAAAACAUGAGUAAGUCA